CACACACACACACACACACAAAUACAAAUACAUAGGAUGAACUUUAAAACAUUAAAAAAAAAUUGGGAUACUGCAUUACGAAUUAUUGAUUUUAACAGGCCACCUAACAGAUGGUGUCGGUUAGGCUAUCAGUCCAUGCAUAUUAUAACCAGUAAAACUAUUACAUUAUUACAUUAUUAUUUUUCUUCAUGAUAAUAUAGGCUAUAUUAUCAUUGAGUGCGUCAUCGGUAAAACAGAAAGUGAAAACGUGUUCAUAGCCUAUGCGCAGUUUUGCUGUAAAUUUAUUUAGCUUAACCUGCUUCUGUUCGAUCUGCUGAAAUGGGAAAGAUUUACCAGAUCAUGGUGGUUGGAAUAAAGGGGGAGAAAAAAACCAUUGACGUCGCGACCUCGGAGGACGCGUUCAACAAAACCACUGUUUUGCAAUUCAAAAAGAAAGUUGCUGAAAAAUUGCCGGGUCAAGCAGGAGAUGAUCCAUCGUCCCUGAGGCUGCUGUACACCGACAAACAACUAGAAGACAAAGAUACAUUUUUAGAUCACCAAAUUAAGGAUCGCUCGACUCUAUUCAUGGUCUUGCGUCUACCCGGAGGUUUCCAAACAUAAAAGUCCUUGUCGGAAUCAGCUCGACCUCAAAACCUCGUCGAAAAGACAAUAAACUUUUAAAGAGACAAAUCCAUGUUUUGUAACUGUUCUUGAAAAGGAGGAUACUCCUAAAAAAUAUGUUGUUGUUUUUUCCAUUUUAAUUUUCUUUUCUUUUUUUUUUCUUUUUUUUUUUUUUUUUUUUUUUUUUUUUGCAUUUUAAUUCGGCUAUGGCUUGUCUUUCUUCUGUAAAGUUAUAAAUGUAAUAAAAUUGUGAAAUGCUG